AAUGAUGGUGAUAUGCAUCCCUAGGGUUGGGGUUUCUAGUUUUCUCUCUAUUGAGAGUUGAUGGCUUGGAAGGGGGAGAACGUUGGGGAGUCGGUGUUUGUUUCUGCCUUUGAUAUGUUCCUUUUUCUCUUCUUCUGGUCUAGCAAUCGUUGAGUUUAUCUUUUUGCUUAGGGUCUAUUUUAUUUUGGAGAGACCAAGGAGACCAGUCGAAUGGGAUCUGGUCAGGAGGAAGUGAAGGACUUGAUGAAGGUGAUGGGGUGCAAUGGAGGGUUUAGUGUUAAGGGGGCUGGACAUGGUGACGGGUGUAAGAGACGGGCUGUCGUUUUAGGAUAUGGCAAUGGACCUUGCAGUGUGAAAAGGGCUGAUGAUGAAGGGUAGACUGGGGGCUGGAGGCAGUGGAUGGUUAAUGGUUGAACGAUAAUUCAAUCUUUCUCCAGCAAUGUGUUUUUAGGGAGAAGAUUUGUGAUAUUUGGGGAUUUGAUCUCCAAUAUUUUUAGGCAAAAAAUCAAGAACGUAGUUUUGAUUUUGAUUUGUUCCCUAUUUUGGAGCUUUUCUGUUGUAACGGAGUUCUGACCCUAAUCUUUUAGUUUCUUUAUCUUGUUUUUGAGAAAUAUGGUAAUUCUAGAUUAAACUAUUUAUAAUUAC